AUGGGAUUCCGAGUCGCUUCCGGCAGAGUCUCUUCGCGGUCGUCGCACGCGGUGUCGUGCGCCGUCGCACUGCUGCUGAUCCUGGGAUUCGUCGCGCUCACUAGCAGCGACACGGUCCGUCUGUAUGGAUCGCUGGCGAACGCGCGGGACGCGGAGCCAGCGGCGUCGGCGACGGCGUCGGCGGCGGCCUCAGGGGCCAGCAAGCACGCCGGCUCGCACGGUCGCUCACACUCGCGGGCCGAGGCUGCGGCCAAGCCCAGCGCCAGCGCGGAGGCCGGUCCCCGCGCCGUGGAGCAGAUCUUCUCCGACAUCAGGCUCGAGAUCAGCGACAACAGCGGCGUCGCGACGCGCGUCGCGACGCGCGCCGAGAUCGUGCGCUCCGAGGUCGUGCAUGGCCCACGCAACUACCGUCCGCCCAGCGCGGACUUCGACCCCGCUGCCAACUUCCAGGAGAUCCUCAGCGCGUCGCCUGUCGUGCUAUUCGUGGACUCCGCGCAGGACUCAGAACGGCUGCGCGCGCUGCUGCAGCGCGACUACGAGGUGUCGCCCGCGCCCGCGGUCGUCGACCUCGAGAAACACUCGCGCGGUGCACAGCUCGAGACCUACAUCCGCUACUACCGCACCAAGCCCGCGUCCGCGACCGCGGUGCCGCGCCAGCCACCCUACCUGUUUGUCAACGGCAACUCCGUGAUCAACUCGGACUUCCAGAGCGACAUCCAGGACCUGCAUGCCCAGAAUGAGCUCCUGGCCAAGCUCAAGACUGUGGCCGAGGGCAACGUCAUGUUUGCCCGCAACAACGCGCCCUCGAACUCUUAG